CAAGCGCCGACAAGUCAGUCUCUGCGGCAAUAUACAGACAGACUCGUGAACGACACACGGACCCUCUUCAGCGCCCCUGUCCAAGACCACGAUGCCGCAUUCCGACCAAGAUGGACGCCUUGUCAAGCGCCAAAAGCUAGGCUCUGUUGUCAAGACCAAACCCGAGACUGCCAACAGCUCUCGCAUAUUCGCUCCCUAUCGGACUGUAGGCUUAGUCUCCCCAACUGGUGUACCCUUCACCUCGACACCCUUGGGCAAGACCACAUUCCAGGUCACCACCUCGGCCGGACGAUCUCUCCAGACAUACGACUUAAAGCGUGGACUUAAUCUUGUGUUUAUGACGCGGCCACAGACGCCUUCUGAAAUCACCGCCACCUAUUCAUGGAGAAAAAGGGUCUUUGCAGCAUGGGGUGAUGUAAGCAGCGGUGCCCCCCAACAGGGCAUCUGGAUUUUUGAGCGGGGAAGGAAAGUUGGUCACUUGGAGCUGCCCUCCGACCUACAACAGCCCAUAAAGCAGAUCUUGGUGUUCGGCUCCUGGAUAGUGGCUUGUUCGGCAACAAGGAUAGAGGUCUGGACGAUGGCAACGCUUGAACAUUACACUACACUCUUUACAAUGGCCACUCGGAAAGGUGAUAACGAAAUCACUGGGGGUAUAUGCACAAUGCCGACCUACCUCAAUAAAAUCUUCGCUGGGCGUCGGGAUGGCUGGGUAGAAAUAUGGAACGUGUCGACCGGGAAGCUCAUCCAUACCCUUCUGCCUCCCUCCUCUAACUGUGGUGCUGUUACUUGUAUGCAGCCUUCGCACGCACUGUCGCUUAUGGCUAUAUCAUAUGCCACAGGAUCUCUUACUAUCCGGAAUAUUCUUACCGAUAAGACACUCAUCCAAGUCGAUGCCGGUACAGAGGACGCUCCCGUGACAAGUAUCUCAUUUCGAACAGACGGCAUGGGGGCAGGGCAUGACGGUCGUAAGGACGGUGUUGUGGCAACUGCCACAAAUACGAGCGGCGACAUUACCUUUUGGGACUUAAAUGAUGGGGGGCGAGUUAUGGGAAUUUUGAGAAGCGCUCACAACCCACCAUCCCGAGACGGCACCAACGUGCGUGGCGGCGUGAGCAAGGUUGAGUUCCUAGCAGGCCAACCUGUUAUCGUCACAAGCGGUCGGGAUAAUUCCCUCAAGACGUGGAUAUUUGACCAGACGCCGUUCUCGCCCGUACCUAGGAUACUGCACACCCGAAGCGGUCAUGCAGCGCCUGUCACGUGUCUUCGUUUCUUACCCUCAGACUUUGACGGCGCCGAAGCAGGCAACAAAUGGCUUCUUAGCGGAGGUGAAGACAAGAGCUUAUGGGGUUGGAGUCUUCGCCGAGAUGGCCAAAGUACCGAAUUAAGCCAGGGCAAUAUACGAAAGAAAGCCAAAAAGCACGGGAUUUUGACCACAGGCGCCCUCGGUCACGGUCCAACAACGACCCUCGAAGAUUUAAAAGCUCCAGAAGUCACUUGUAUCGCUUGUUCACUAAAUCGAGAUGGUGGCAUGGGCGCUCUUCCGGGCAAGCAACCGCUGUGGCAAAAAUCGCGAGAUCCAAAGAAGUCCCUUGAUGCUGAGAUCAGUGGCAUGACUGGUUGGGAAAGUGUCGUCACUGCUCACAAAGACGACUCGUUCGCUCGCACGUGGUUCUGGGGACGAAAGCGUGCAGGCAGGUGGGCGUUCCAAACCGGCGACGGCACAAACGUAUCGACGGUUACUAUGAGCUCCUGUGGAACCUUUGCUGUUGUUGGGUCCGUUGGUGGGUCGAUUGAUAUGUUCAACUUACAGUCAGGGCUACAUAGGCAGAGGUUCCCAUCUAAGUUAACACCCGCGCAAGCUAGACAGGUCAAGAUGCAGCAAGCGAGGCAAGCAGACACAGUUCUCCAGCUACAAGCUCGCACAUCUUCCAAGUUCCUUCCCGGAACAGGCAAGCAUGUAAAGGCCGUUACUGGUAUUGUCGUCGACUCCAUGAACCACCUCGUGAUAAGCUGUUCUCUCGAUGGCCGAGUCAAAUUUUGGGAGUUUCUAACGGGGAAUCUAGUUCAUGAGAUCAAUUGGGCUCCAAUGACUGCGAUUACUGGAUGCCGCUACCACUCUGCAAGUGAUCUCAUAGCCUUCUCCUGCGACGAUGGGUCUAUUCGCGUGGUAGAUAUAGAAACUAGACACAUCAUUCGCGAAUUCUGGGGCUGUCAGGGCAAAAUCAAUGAUUUUACUUUCUCGAACGAUGGACGUUGGAUAGUGGCCGCAUCUCAAGACUCCAUAAUACGGGUCUGGGACCUACCUACAAGUCAUCUAAUUGACGCAAUCCGGCUCGAAAGACCUUGCACUGCUCUGGCAUUUUCAACCACGGGUGAAUACCUUGCUGCUGCAUCUGAGGGCGAACUGGGCGUUCAGAUUUGGAAUAACAAGAGCCUUUUCACACAUGUUCCAACAAAACAGAUAUCUGAGAGUGCUAUAUCACAAAUCUCUGGACCUACGGCCUCGGGAGAAGGUGGCCAGGGGUUGCUAGAAGCAGCAUUCGAGGAUGAGUCGGUGGACGAUGAGGAUCAAGUCGCUGCACCCAGCUUAGACCAACUCAGCGUUGACAUGAUGACUCUCAGCUUGGUUCCUAGGAGUAGAUGGCAAACUCUGUUACAUCUUGACUUGAUCAAGAAGAGAAAUAAGCCCAAAGAAGCACCCAAAGCUCCGGAAAAGGCACCUUUCUUCUUGCCAUCCACAACUGGGGCGGCGUCGUCAACUCUGAUUGCUCCCGAGACAAAAGCAAACGACAACCCGAACGAGUCGAGACUUACGAAAUAUGACCAAAGCAGGAUGGAACAAGCAUUCACGGGCAGCUUGCGGGCUGGAGCUGCCAGCGGGAACUACGACGAUUUCAUUGAACAUCUGAAGGCUCUUGCUCCAGCGACCGCAGAUCUUGAAUUGCGGUCUCUUUCGUCAGAUGGAGACGAAGAGUCUAAUGAGUUGCUACAAUUUAUCCGAGCUCUUACAAGUCGUCUCAGGGCAAGGCGAGACUAUGAGCUUACCCAGGCGUGGAUGACAGUCUUUUUGCGGCUACACUUUGAUUUGAUCAUUGAAAGCGAUACCCUCAUGAACGCACUCGGGGAGUGGAAGCAGAGCCAGGCCAAGGAAUGCGAGAGAUUAGACAGCCUCGUAGGGUAUUGUGGCGGUGUGGUUAGCUUUUUAAGAAGCCCAAGAACAUGAUACUAGUCUUCUACCUCAACAGAUAGGAUAUGUAAUACUGAGUUGUAGAGUGUGGUGCUCCAUACCAUGAUCCCAUGUGCUCCAUUUCACAUGUCAUUAAGUGCGCAAGUCGCCACAGACGCGAAUCUCGAUGUCGAUCACAUGUAUCUCAC